AUGUUCAGCUUCAAGCCGUUCCCUAAUUUCACACGCAGAAUAAUUACAAAAACUAUUAGGAGGACGUACAGUAGUUCUACAAAAAUUUCAGUACAAAACGAAGAGAAGAAGAUAAAAAAUGUGCUUCUUUAUUUAGAAAAAUGUAUAUUAGAAGAAAAGGGAAAAAAUGAACAUUUGCUUUCGUUUAAGACGAAGAAUGAACAGGAAGAUAAGGUAGAGCAAAUCCGAAGGAACUUACUAAUAACAUCUUAUCUAUUAAAAAACAUGCAAGCUAAUGAGCAAAAGUGGUUAUCCAUAUUUGAAUUAGUUAGUACUUUAUGCCCUCUGGAUGAACAGACGCUUAAAAAGAAAUCGAUAAAAUUAAAACAAAAAAAUGACGAAAAGAAUAAGGAACAAUAUGCAUCAGUAAACCAUGUGACAGAAUUUCAAAAUAAUAAAGCAAUUAAUAAAAUUAGCAAAGAAUACAAUCUUUUAAAUUUGUACUCGUGCUAUGUUUUUAGCUUUAAGACAUCCAUAGAUCGCCUUUUGAAUUACUUACCAAUGUAUUCAAUACAUAACUAUAUCUUAAUACUAAAGCACUGUGGAAAUUUUCUUAAUUUUUUCUUCAAAAUAAAUAAUAGGAAAAAUUUUACUAAACUCAACUAUAUAUAUAUAUACUCGUACAAUCACAAUUAUAUGAAUAAUUCAAUCAUUUUAAAAAAUAAGAACGAGAUCGUAGUAGGGGGCAAAGACAAAUUAGAUAUCACUUACUACUAUGAAGAAAUAUAUAAUUUGAAGUAUCAUGAGAUAUUUGUUUACAAAAUAAAACUAAUUAGCAAAAUAUUAAACACAAUAAAAUAUGAUUUAAUGGAACGUGAUAUUUUUUGCCAACUAGCCAUUUUUUUUUAUACAAAAACAAAAAAUGGGAUAAUAAUUGAAAAAAACAUUUUAGACUUGUUAUAUUAUUACGUGGAACAACUACACAAAAAUAGCUUCAUUAAACAUGUUGAUGUACAAUUAUUUUUUAAAAUUAUUAACAUAAUGUAUUACUCAAAAAUUGUAAGUACUAACGUACUCCAACAUAUUAUUGGUACGUUAAAAAAUAUCAACCUCUCUUUUUGCCAAUUUUGUAAAAAGGAAAUAUUUCAAAAUUACUUGAAACUAUUAACAUUAGUAAAUUUAAAUGAACAUAACUUUUACAUUUAUAAUUUUUGCAAAUAUUACAUUUUAAAUAUAAUUACACGGAUGAGUAAACAUCAUUCAAAUAUUUAUAACUUUUUUUUUGUCUCUUCCAUUAUAGGAAUGUUUGAUUUUUCGCUAAUAGCACUAUAUAUAAAAUUUUUAAGACAAAAUAAAAAAAUUAAUUUGAAAGAAUCAUUAACACAUAAAAUUUACUACACGCUGUUAGGUUGGGAUAUAAUGCUCAGCGGCUUUAUUAAAAAUGUAAAUAAAAUAAGAGAAGAAGCAACUGGCUUUGUUAAGAUAAAUUUUUACACGAAACAUAUUUAUCACACCUGUUCAAAUUCCCCCUCAUAUGACUUGCUCUCGUUGUCACACGAAAUAAACCAUUUAAAAAAUAUUUACAAAAGUCAAAUAUAUAUCCAAAAAUAUGAGAGAAAAAACAAUAGAAAAACCAAAAAAGUGAGUACAAAUUACUAUCUUAAUCAGUACAGCAUUUACCAAAUUUUGAAAAAGCACUUCAAUGAUAACGUAACUUAUGAACAUAUAACAGACCAAAAAAUUUUACUUGAUAUAUUCUUGAAGAUUCGUAAAAAAAAUUAUUGUAAAAAUGUUGCAGUUGAAUUUAACGGUAGGACACACUACAAUUUGCUAGUUCAAAAAGAAGUUGGCAAUAAUAAUGUACACUACACUAUGAUAGAAAAUUACAAUACUAAAUAUAAAAAAUGGCUUAUUUCAAAUCUUCCCUUCUCAGCAAUUUAUAUUCCAUACUAUGAGUGGAACAAUUUUCCGCAAGCACAGCGGGAAAAAUACCUUAUGCAGGUACUGCAUUUUGAGAAGUAG